UUUUAGGUAAUGAAGGAGAGCCUCGAGGCCAGGGCACACUGUCAAGAUGAAAGCUUGCUGGAUGUUCAUGAUCCUGCUGAGCUGCAGGUUAUCUCGUGCCACUGACUCUCACAGCAUCUGCGCGUGCAAAGAGCAGCUGAAGAUUGUCUGCGUCCCCCCUGGACACAAUGUUUCAGUGCCCUGCCCCAAGCUGAUUGACAAAGAGGUGACCUUAUACCUUUAUAAAGAAGAAGAACUGUUUUACGACCGCACAUGCACCCCUGACAAAAACACAGCCAACUGUAAAUCACAAUACACCAGCGAGUACGUGGAGCUGCAUGAAAACACUGAGAAUAAAUCAGUGAACUUCAUGCUGACGAGAGUGAACGCCAGCAGCUACGGCAUCUACAGGUGUGAGCGUGUCAUCGUGUACCCUCCCCCCCUCCUCAAAGAAGAGAGCACUCUGAGGAUCCUGCUACGGGUAGAAGGACACCAAUGCAAAGUCAGUAAAACGAGUCCACCAACCAACAAACCAGCUGAAGGUGAACCUCAGAACCAGGAUCCUCUCUGGGUUUGGGUUCUGGGGCUGGCCCUCGCUGUCCUCUACGGUGUGACUGUCACCAUUAUCGCCGUCAUCAUUCGGGUGAAGUGGAGCAGGUCAGACUCCCAGAGUGACUACAUGAACACCAAACCCAAAGCGGGGAGGGACCACAAAAAGAAAAGAGGGGUUCAGAACCCACUUCCACACUUCUGAUCCACAUGCAUCAUCUCACCGUUUGCACAGCAAUCCCUGUUAGUGUGGAUAUGAAUACAGUGGUGGGAAAGGGAUUAAAUAUUAAUCUUUAAUAUCACACUGAGAAAUGACUUCACUACAAGUAAAAGUCCUGCAUUCAAAACUUAGUCCAAAAGUAUCAGCUUGUUAUGCAGAAUGUCCACUCUCAAAUCUCUAUAUUUAUUGGUUUAUUAUUGAUCAAUUUAUGCAAGCGGCAUUUUAAUUUUCUCAAGGUGGGUCUCAUUUUAUCUACUUAGUACCCUGUUAUGAACAGUGGUGGAAAACAUAUUCAGAUCCCUUACUUCCCCUACCCUUCUAAUGCACAACAUGGGUCAAAAAUGACUCAUUCAUCCAAAUUUGAUUUAAAAUUAAAUGACCUAAUACUAUAAUAAUAGUCAUUUGUUACUUUGUUACUUUCCACACUCAUAUAUUUAAUAUAUUUAACGUGUUUAUGUAUCAUUUUGUCACACAUACAGUGUAUCUUGAAGGUAUUAACAGAGCUUCACUUUUCCACAUUUUUUUAUGUUUCAGCCUGAUUCCAAAAUUGAUUAAAUUAAUUUUUCCUUAAAAAUAUACACACAAUACCCCCAUAAUGACAUUUU